AGAGACACACAGAGACAAAUCUGCCUGUGAUGUCAGAUCUUAUAAAAGCGUACCAGACUGUCGAUGACAAUCAUUCGCAAACGGUUAAAUACAACGAACUGUGCUUCGCUGCUUUGUGCUCUCUGUACUUUGUUGACAACUGAAGUAACCUCUGACAAGGUGAAAAUGACAUCAUUGUCGAUCAGCUCUUGCCUGAAUAAGGCUGUGCGAGAACAUUACAUGAGGCUUCCACAAGGAGACAAAUGUCAAGUGACUUACAUCUGGAUUGACGGAACUGGAGAGGGGCUACGCAACAAAACCCUAACCCUGGAUGAUGAGCCCAAAAAUAUACAAGAUAUUCCUAAAUGGACCUUUGAUGGGUCAAGCACAUACCAGUCUGAAGGCUCCAACAGCGACAUGUACCUCAUCCCAGUGUGCAUGUUCAGAGAUCCAUUCACGCUUGACCCCAACAAAUUGGUCCUCUGCGAAGUUUACAAGUACAACGGCCUUCCUGCAGAAACAAACCAUCGAGUAAGCUGCAAGAAAGUCAUGGACCAGAUUAAAGAACACCAGAUAUGGAUUGGUAUUGAGCAGGAAUAUACACUCUUUGGUACCAAUGGUCAUCCAUUUGGAUGGCCUCAAAAUGGAUUCCCUGCACCCCAAGGUCCCUACUACUGUGGAGUGGGUGCAGACAAAGCACUUGGACGGGAUAUUGCAGAGUGUCACUACAAGGCAUGUCUCUAUGCUGGGAUCAAGAUCUAUGGAACAAAUGCUGAGGUUUUGCCAUCACAGUGGGAGUUCCAGAUAGGCACCUGCGAAGGUAUUGAGAUUGCUGAUCAACUGUGGGUUGCACGCUUCUUGUUGCACCGUGUAUGUGAAGAUUUUGGGGUUGUUGCAACACUGGACCCCAAACCAGUAAAGGGAAACUGGAAUGGCUCUGGUGGCCAUACUAAUGUCAGCACCAAGAAGAUGAGGGAAGAAGGAGGAUUGCAAUACAUUGAGCAGGCCAUUGAGAGGCUGCGCAAAAGACACAUGGAGCAUAUUGAAGUGUACGACCCACGCGGUGGCCAGGACAACAUGAGACGUCUCACAGGAAAUCAUGAAACGUCCAGCGUUAAAGAAUUCUCUGCUGGAAUUGCAAACAGAGGUGCCAGCAUCCGCAUUCCCCGUCAGGUAGGUAAAGAGAAGAAAGGUUACUUUGAGGACCGCCGCCCUGCAGCCAACUGCGACCCGUACCUUGUGAUCAAGGCCAUCGCAAGCACUUGCCUGCUUGACAAUGAUGAUGAUGUGAAGGACACGUAAAUAAGACUUCAAGACAGAGUUCAUUGUGUCUGCUUGUAGCAUUGUUAAAAAUAUCUUAGUUUUUGAGCAUACCUGAAGAAAUUAACUGCUUAUCUAUUGUCACUUUAUGUAAGACUCAUCAUUUAAUCUUUAAAUCUGGCAUUAGCACUUUCACACCUAUACAAUAACUUGAAUUCAAAUUAAAGCGUCUGGGGCCAGGUAGAAUGGACAAAACUGACAA